UUUUUUUUCUUGGCUACUGCGCUUAACGAUCGAUCGACCGUGUCUUAUGACAAAAAGUCGCCUGAAUGAUAUUUAUUCCAGUCACCGAUGAUAAGGAAGAAUGAUACAAUGCAUUCACCUUCAUUUGACGAUUUUUCCAUUGAUGAAAGUCUGCUAUUUGAUCUGCCGGAUGGAUUGCCAGUGACAACCGCGCAUAAUCGGUCAUCAACGGCAACGCAACUGACCAAACAUUCACAAUCACCUUCAUUCGACGAAUUUUCUGUAGACGAAACUUGUUUGCAGUAUCUACCCGACGUGCCUUUGCAAACUGAAGGCUUGGAUAGUGACAAUCGAUCCCCUUCGUUUGGCGACUUUUCAAUCGACGAAGCCAUGCUAUUGGAUUUGCCGGACGAAUCUCUACAGUUAACCCCUACCUCGUAUCCCACUGAAACAUAUACUGAUCCGCUACAACUGACAUCGGUCAUUAACAACGGCAACAAUGCCACCACAACGGGAUCACCAAUCGACCCGCAACGCUUGUGUUCUUCGGUCAAAACUGAUCUAUGCGCUCCGAUCGAUCAGCAGAGGAAUGACUUGACUGAUCGUCUACCCGAAGCGCAAGAAGAUGAAGAAAUUGUGUUUAUUAGUGACUCUUUCAAUCUGCUCGCCAGUCAAAAUGACGACAGCAAUAACACGCAGAACCAUCAGAGUUCUCCAGCUCCUUUACACAGUCAACCUCCAUCUUCUGACAAAGCCGAACCAGUUUCUACGGCUGAAGGUAACCAAAUCACCGUCAUCUCCAGUGACACGGCGCCGAGUCAAGCGAGUAGUCAUCAUGAUAUCAGCAGUCCUAUACCACACAUGACGCAUUCUUCAUCAAAGGUGGUUUCGUCCGAAAUCUGCAUCCAGGUCCCGAACUCCUCUCAACCGUCCAGUUUAGCUGAAUACGAUGAACGUAGUUCCCCGUUUAUUCCCCACUUUCGAUCGAGACGCGGUUUGCGUAUUGAAGACGAAAGUGAUGACGAACCCUUGAUGAGUCAACCUAUUGUCGUAUCUGCAAGAAGAAGAAGAAAUAAUGUCCCCGAUCGUUCCCCUUACUUUGAUAACUCAGCUAGCCAAUCUACCGAAGGGACAAUAAGACAUGGACAAAGAUAUGUCGACGAGGCAGGCACAUCCCUGGCCAAUCCAUUUUUGGAUAUAGAAGCACAAAGGAGCGAUGAUGACUGUAGUACGGGGGAUGACGAUGAUGACAACGGCGAGCAUCAUGGGCUGGAUUCCGUGGACAACUCUUUCAUCGAUGAUGGAAGCUUCGACAGCCCCAGAUAUGAACGUUCUGAUCUGUCCGCUGCCACACCAACGCGUCCCGACAUGUUCGCCAUAUACCAAACGAGCCUUGUCAGAGGUGGGGGAUCCGACGGAUCGCCUUUGCCAUCUGCAUCGCGUACCAAAAGAACGUGGAUGGAUCGUCUGGAUCUUGCCAAAUGGGAAAACAUGGGCAGUCAAGAGGACAACGAGGAUGAUGACGACGACGAAGAACACUAUCUUCAAACGGACAACGAAGCGGCCAGUGCUGACGAUCACAUUGAAGAAGAUAGUGGUUCCGUGAACGAGCGCAGUGCUGGUGUCUAUAAUUCUGUCAUUUUCGAGAGUGACGAUGAUUUCAUGUAAAAUAACCCUAAAAACCAUACCCCCUCCCAUUGAAGGUGAAUUCGAUAUAUUCCGCUUUCAUUUUUAUACAGAAAU